AUGGACUUUCCAGGUCAUUUCCAGCAUAUUUUCAAGCAGCUCAACCACCAGCGCCUCCAUGCUCAGCUGUGUGAUUGUGUGGUGGUGGUUGGAGGCCAGAGCUUCCAGGCUCACCGCUCCAUCCUGGCAGCAUGCAGCUCCCACUUCAGGGCUCUUCUGAGCUCCAGUGACAGUGGUGGUGAGGCUGGAGGACCAGGAGCUGACAGUGGUGGAGGCUCCAGUGUAAUGGAGCUAGAUCCAGAGGUGGUGACCCCAGAGGCCUUCUCCAACCUGCUAGACAUGAUUUACACCUCCACCCUCUCUCUGAGGGCCUCCAAUGUGAUGGAUGUACUGCUGGCGGCAUCGCACCUGCACCUCAACACCGUGGUCAAGGCCUGCAAGCUCUACCUGUCCAGGAAAAACUUCCCUGCAUCGCCGCCUAAAGGCUGGAGGUCAGUGCAACAGCAGCAGCAGCAGUGUUCCCAGGCAGAGAGGUCAGGCACAUCCGUCCUGGAGGAGGACAUCGAUGAGGAGGAAGCGGGAGCGGAGGUUAGUCAGUCUGGUGGGGUUGAAGACCAGGGGUUGAGGAGCAAAGACAGUGGCGAGCAGAGCGCUGCGCCAUGUCUGAGGCACAAGAGAAAGUCACAGGAGGACAGGCUGUGUGGCAGAAAGAGGCCCUGCAGAGGUCCUGAGGGAAACUAUAAGGAGUGCUCACCUACUGUCACCAGGAGCACCAUCAGCACAGAGGAGGGAGGCGAGGAGCUGCUGUCCCCAGACUGCCUGAAGACAACCAAUGGACCCUGGGGGGGCCAAGGCAAGGAGGAGGAGGUGGAGGAGAAAUAUGAAGCCACCAAGGGGGAGUCAGAGGAGUUCCAGCUGCCCAGCCAGUCUGACAGUAGCACUGGAGGUGUAGGUGCAUGGGAGAAGAGCGGAGAUACAGAUGGAGACACUGUGGUCAAAGUAAAGGUUGGAGAAGAAGGGGAGGACAGUGGAGAGGAGCCGAAGAUGGCAGUGAUUGAGGUAAAAAAGGAAAAUCUGAGCUCAUACUCUCCAGAUUUGGACAUGCUACCAGACCAUUCUCCUCCAUCUCCACCACAGGAGUGCACACACAAUUUGGAUUCACAACUAAAUGACGAGAAAAUGGACACAGUCUGUCCGACAGAGUGUGAUGUGAGCUCGUUACAAUCUCAGCUGUGCACGGAUCUUCAAACGGACGCACAGAGAGGGGCUAGUGAUUUGGGUGAGGAGUCAGUAGACGGCGAAGGCCUGGACAGCCUGUCAGAGCUGGCCUUUUCCUGCUUCCUCAAUCCCAGCAGUGAAAGUGUAAUGGGAGCUCUGGAAGAAGAAGACAGCCUUGCUAGCCUCACUGCUGCCGCUACUGCUGCCGCUGCCGCCGCCAGUGAUGCUCCGGCAGCUGCUGGAGAUGAACCGGGCCAAAGUGCAAAAGCUCAGUCCUCAGAUUCCUCCUCCUCGCUUGUUUUUCCAGUUACGUCCGUCCCCUUGCAGCAGCUUCUUCCGACUCAGGGCUCCAGUUUCAGCGACACACUCAUCCUCCAGCCCACCCAGAACUCUUUAGCAGGGUUCCUGAGUGGCAUCAGACCGGGCAUCAGUCUGGAGACCUCCCUUGUCCAACCCUCCAGGGCGGUGAAAAGCUCAGGGGCGACAACGUUCCGUCGCAUCGCCCCCAAAGUGCCGCCUGGAUCAGAAGCCGGCACAGAUCGUUCCUCCGCGGCGGUGGGGGAUGCUGCUGAUCGGCCGGCUCUGACCAGAGCUUCAGAGGACGUUCUGUCCAAGUGCAAGAAGGCAGCUGCUGAAGACCACGUGCUGCUGGUGGAAGGCGAGAAGAAAUACGCCUGCAAAAUCUGCUGCAAGACCUUCAUGAACCUGACUGACUGCAAGAAGCACAUUCGCGUCCAUACAGGAGAAAAGCCUUACCCCUGUCCAAAGUGUGGCAAACGCUUCAGCCAGUCCUCCCAUCUGUACAAGCACUCCAAAAACACCUGCCUGAACUGGAAAGAUGACCAGUCAUUCCCCGACACCCUGCUCUGA